AUGGUGUCAUCCAGAAAGAAAUCUCAAUGUGCAAUUGGAUCAAUGCUUGAUCUAUUAAAUGAGCCAGCAACAAGUAGAUCUCAUAACCAAGAAAAUAACUCCAAUUGUUCUAACUCUCUCAAUUCUUCUUCAUCUACUGAUUCUGAAUCUUUGCACACCUCUGAAUCAUUUGAAGAUGAUAGUGAUGAUGAGCAAAAUGCUAACAACAAUGAUCCACUAGAAGAAGAUACAAUUGGAAGAGGUCCAACAAGGCAGGGAUUUCGAUGGGGAACCGGUGAGAAAAUGAUAUUGGAACUUAAUGAUGAUAACCAAGUGGAGAACACAAAUCUUACCGAUGUUUAUAAGAAGACAUGUUUGCGGAGGGUUGGCAAGCUUUGGAAGGAUUUUAAAAUGAGAACAAAAGAAAAGUACUUUCGCCCACACAGGCGAGACAAAACCUACUUACUAGCUAAUCGUCCAGGAAGAAUUGAAGAGGAUCAAUGGCCUGCAUUGGUUAACUAUUGGCUUUCCAAGAGAGCAAGGAAAAUUAGCAAUAGAAAUAAAAGGAACCGGAAAGACUUGCAAAUGCCACAUAGACAGGGGAGAACGGAUACCUAUAAUCUUCAAAAUCAGGCCACCUUAAAGGCGUUGAAGCAACAAUUGCCACCUGAGUUGCAAGAUGAUAUUGAGGCUAAUAAUAAAAUUUUUGAAGACGUCAUUAGAAAAGAUGCUCCAGGAUGCCUACGCAGCUGUAAGAUUGUUUCAAAAAGUAAGAAAGUGUUCACCUCUCAACAAGAAUUUGAUCGAGCAGUUGAUGAGAGAGUUGCAAGCAUUCAACACAAUUUGGAGAUUAAAUUGCAUAAUGAGAUGGAUGAAAGAUUAUCCAAAAUGAAAGAUGAUUGGCUUGCCGAAAUGAAAACAAUGAUGCAGGAUCAAUCUUCUAGCUUUGGCAGUCCAAAUACCCAGGUACAAGAGUCUUCUAAUUCCCAGCACCAAAUUGCUUUGAAUGAACCUUUGCAUGGAUUAGGAAACUCAUCAAAUAAUGGCCAAACAAAUCAAUCUACUAAGGUGAGCAAAGAGAUAAAUCAAUCUAAAGAUGAUAAUCCUCCAUUGAUUUGUUCGGAUGCUACUUCCACUAAGGAAAUUCAAAAGGUUACAUGA